AUGGCUACACCCGCUCCGAUAGAAGUUGACAAAGAAGGUUUCCAAAUAGUUAAAAGGAGAACUAGAGCAAUCCCUAUCCCUAAAAAGAAGGUUCAAGUUGACAACCGUAAAAGCAAAGGGCCCGCAUUAAAGAUCGCUCAAGUCUACAAGUCCAUCACUCGUGAUCCGAAGAAAAAGAAUAUAUCGUCCAACAUGUUUGAUGUUCUCACGCAUCAAAGGAUUUACGACACCGAAGGCGAUUCUAGCAUCCCUCCUCUCAUCAAUCCCAGAGAUACCCUCCCAACAUCUGAUUCACAUCCGAACUCUUCUCAUAGUUGUCAUAUCUCUAUUCCAGUUGACCACGGUUGA